AUGGUUAUCAUGGUUUACACGGCAGCCUCUUACAAUAGCCACAAAUGUAGCCAAUUCUUCAGAAAGGUCGAACCCUAUUCUCCUAACCUCGAUUACAGCCCUCCUCGCUGCAGGACUCUUGUCAUUAAUCUUCUUACCAUUGAACCAUCUACUCUCUUAUUUGUACCUAAAGUUGCUAUUUUACGCCAAUACAGCCCGAUUCAACUGCGUCGAGUGUUUGACAAACUGGAUCAGGACAAGUCAGGCAAGCUGGAGCUGGACGAACUGAAGGCCGCCUUAAAGGAGCUCGGCAGCGGAGCCGGUGACUCUCUACUCCGGAGUUGGAUCACCAGCGUGGAUGGAGCUGCUUCUGGAGGCAUCACUUUUGCCGAGUUUGUCAGGUUCAUCUCCCAAUCGCCUCGACAAAUCCUACUUUAUCCUCUUCUCCUGCCUCCAAACCCAGGUUGUGAACCUUUUAUCUUGACUUCGGCUAGUGCGACCUGCAAACUUCUAGACAGCCAAUUCAGCAUUCUUGCGACUAUUGGAGGCACGGCCAAUAGUGUAUUUGAGCUGCAAGAGUGCUCAUCUUCAUUUUUUGCCUAA